AUGUCGUACAUACCGGCCGGUUUUUGGAGUCGCCUAAUCACGAGAAUCAUCGGAGACGAGAACGUGAUGCGAGCUGUAGAGUGUAUGUUUGCGACGAAACUCCGAAGUAAUGCUGCUCGACUUCAGCAGAUUUGUGACAGCCAGUUAAAAGCCGAGUGGAUUGUUUGGCAGACUGGAAUCGAGCUCUUGAUCAAAGGUCAUUCGGUUUUCGUUCUCAAGCAGUUCUAUGCUCAGGCAGAAGUUCGUGAUUUGGACUAUACACUUUUGAACUUUCGAACGCGUGAUGAGCAGAAAAGAUGGCGCACAUUUCCGCUUGAGCAGUAUGCACUUGUGGAAAUGCUGUUCCCUGCGUUAAGUGUUACGAUUACUGACAAAGAUUAUAAAAUGACAAUAUCUACUGAAGGUGAAGGGUCGACCAGACUACUUGCCCUAGUGGUCGAUCUUCUUGAUACUCUUCUAGAAGACUGGUACGUCAUUGUGGCUUUAUUUUACGAGAUCUGCCCUCUAACGGUUUCCACUUUGGUCUACUUUAGGUAUCCAGCUAUUGGCACUCGAUUCGCGCACUCUUCGGAAGGUGACUUGCUAGUGAAUCGUUUCGUGCCAUGCUCCAAAUGUGCUGCUGAAAUAACCACGGAAGUUCAACGCGCCCGUGAUGAUGCCGAUCUCGUUUCACGAAAAAGCUUUUCGGGUGUGCGAGGUUCGAAAACUACUGGUGACAUCUCGACUUUGUACGUCAUCCACUGCUUUUCGAUCGAGGAAUGCAUGCUAGCAGGGCGCGAAUACGGAUGGCUUGAAUGUCCUUCGCACAGCGGCGUGCACAUGAGAGAUGUAGCUCCAGAUACGGUUUUUGUCGACAUCGAGUCUUCUUUAAUGAUAGGAGCUGAUCAGCUAAGGCGAGGAAGAUUAUUGGGAAGAGGCGCUUUCGGAUUUGUUUUCAGAGCUACCGUGAAGCUACAGAGUGGUGAGCUCUGCGAAAUUGCUCAGAAGAUGUUGGAACCCGUAGAUCCUGGCCCCGGUGCCAGGCCCACAGCUCUCGCUGCGUACAAAGCUGGCGCUGACAAGUGGCGCCGUGACUCGCUUGAAUUCGCCUCAAGGGCCUAUUGCACGUCUCGGCAAGAGCUGAAUCUCCUCAGUCGACUGCAUCAUUCCAACAUCAUCGGCCUCAUUGGGGUUUGUGUAUCUCCAUUGUCUUUGGUGGUAGAGCUUGCACCUCUUGGUGCACUUAAUCAGUUGCUGGCUAGUCAUCGGAAAAGUGGAGCUCGUCUGGGAUUAUCCGUACUUCGAGAUUCAGCAGUUCAAGUAGCUAAGGCUCUGGAAUAUCUUCACGCUGCACAUAUAAUAUACCGUGACCUGAAAAGCGAGAACGUUCUUGCAUGGAGGUUCCCUUCACCGUUUGGUGCACUGACAGACGUACUGCUGAAGCUUGGCGAUUACGGUAUAUCCCGAACAGUGAUGCCAUCUGGUGGAGCGAAGGGGUUUGGUGGCACCGAGGGCUUCAUGGCACCAGAAAUCGUUAGAUUCAAUGGCGAGGAGGAGUAUACGCAAAAAGUUGACUGUUUCUCGUUUGGAAUGUUCUUAUAUGAAUUGAUCACACUGAAGCACCCAUUUGAAGGGCAGGAACAUGUGAAGGAGCGAUUGCUGGAGGGCGCACGACCAGUGUUCUUGCCACAUGAGUUACUAGUUCCAUCACCAAUGUUGGAUUUGAUAAUACAUUGCUGGGCAACGUUGCCUGACGAUCGGCCUUCAUCGUCUCAGCUCGUAGGAUAUUGUUCUGCUCCUGAAUUUACUCACAUACUUGACGUUUGUGAACUUGAAGAAGCCCUGCCGCCUUCCUCUGUUCUGCCAUAUUAUAUUGGUGACGAUAUGGAUGAUCCGGACGAUUUUGAGGCUCAACUUUGGUUAGGUGGCAAAAACAUAACGGUAAUGAGCUGCACACAGUAUGGAUGGCUGGAUAAGAAGGUGGUCGAGACGGCUCUUCGUCCACGGUUCACAAAUAGAGUUCGUGACACAGUUUGGUCUUGUGACGAGAGUGGCGAAGUUACGGUGUAUGCUUCGUCCCUGCACGAGUUGAACGCGAUUGCAAUUCGGGCUCCAGAAUUGAUUGGGUCUGAUGUUCUUGUACUGGUGACUGGCCGUCAACUGAUACUUCUUCGAUUGAGCGAGUCAAACUCGGUGGUACUGCUCGCUGCUCUUGACAGCCCAUUUACGAUCAAAACCGCAGCUGUUGUGGUGCAAGCUAGCAGCAGGCAAAUCUGGACAGGCCAUUCGGAAGGACGUAUAUCAAUACAUCAUCUCAGUCAAGAGGACAAGUUUUCGUUUUCUUCCUCAUUAUAUUUGCCGGAAGAUAAAGUUAUUGUCCGAGACAUUGUGACUAGCAGGGAUGGAAACAACGUCUGGGUGACAACUGAAGGAGGUGCUCGUGUGUUCUGUUGGGAUGUAGAGCGACGUCAAAUCUGUUCUUCUCUUGACAUCCGCAAAGUAAUGCCUGGUAGUGAGACGAUACACACUUUGGAAGUGGAGCUUGCCGAAGACAGCUACAUUACUUGCGUAGCGCUGUUGGAGUGCUCAGAUGGAGCCCAGUUAUACGUGGGGACAAGCAAAGGUCUUCUUGUUGUGGCCAAUGCCCUCUUGUUACAACCGCUCUCAGCAUGCCGACCUUAUGGUGGCGAGUUGACUUCAAUAUGUGUCAUCGAGGGACCUCUUCGUGGCACACUCAGUACGACUUCUUCUGAAAGUGGUUUGGGAUGGGUCCGGGAACGAGUAAGCGAGACGCUGGAGAGAAUCCGAGGAAGUCCUGCGCCUUUAGCUGGUCAAGGAACUGCGGUCGUCGUAACAAUAGGCAGAGCUUAUCGUACGACUUCUUCUGAAAGUGGUUUGGGAUGGGUCCGGGAACGAGUAAGCGAGACGCUGGAGAGAAUCCGAGGAAGUCCUGCGCCUUUAGCUGGUCAAGGAACUGCGGUCGUCGUAACAAUAGGCAGAGCUUAU